UUAUUUUCAUCAACAACUUAACCCUAAACAAUCCUUUCUAGUUUUCAAUGAGACUUUUCCUUAUUGCCUCCACCGCUCUUUCUGUCUUUGGCCUUGCUCAAGCCUUGGAUCAACAUGUUGCUCAACCUGCUUGUCGUGAAAAGUACACUGUCACUAAAGGCGAUACUUGUCAAUCCAUCGCUUCCAAGCACCAUGUUACCAAGGACCAUCUUGCUGAAUGGACCAAGAAGCUUGAACCUAGUUUUGACUGUGACAAGAUCAAGCCUGGCCAGCUUAUUUGUGUAGACUAUGCUUCUUCCAUUGAAAGAAGAGAUGCUCAUGAGUACCAUCAUCCUGCCCAGAACAAGUUCCACCCCAAGAAGCCUACUUCUACCCACGCUCCUCCUCCUCCCAAGCCUACCCAUGCUCCUAAGGAACCUGAGCACGAAAAGCGUGAAGUUAAUGAUGAGCAUGACAAGAAGCCCAAGCACCUCAAGCACCCCAAGAAGCCUACUUCUACCCACGCUCCUCCUCCUCCUCCCAAGCCUACCCAUGCUCCUAAGGAACCUGAGCACGAAAAGCGUGAAGUUAAUGAUGAGCAUGACAAGAAGCCCAAGCACCUCAAGCACCCCAAGAAGCCUACUUCUACCCACGCUCCUCCUCCUCCUCCCAAGCCUACCCAUGCUCCUAAGGAACCUGAGCACGAAAAGCGUGAAGUUAAUGAUGAGCAUGACAAGAAGCCCAAGCACCUCAAGCACCCCAAGAAGCCUACUUCUACCCACGCUCCUCCUCCUCCUCCCAAGCCUACCCAUGCUCCUAAAGAACCUGAGCACGAAAAGCGUGAAGUUAAGGAACCUGCCGCCCCCAAGAAGGCUCACCACAAAAAACCUCAUCACAAGAAGCCCGCCAAGAAGCACACCACCAAGGCUAAGCCUGUUAAGCCUGCUCGCAACUAA